CCGGACAUGGGGCGGGGCCUGCCCCCAGACCAAUUUACUAAAGCGAAAGAGUCCGGUCGGUCCCCUCUCGCGAUGGAGACGAUCACUUCAGAUAGCUCCACAGCUCUGGAAAAUGAGAAUCUUCAAGAGACCCCAGAAUCCAACAACAGUGUGUACACCUCCUUCAUGAAGUCUCACCGCUGCUAUGACUUGAUUCCUACAAGCUCCAAGCUGGUUGUAUUUGAUACUUCCCUGCAGGUGAAGAAAGCUUUCUUUGCUUUGGUAACUAAUGGUGUACGUGCUGCUCCUUUGUGGGAUAGUAAGAAGCAAAGUUUUGUGGGCAUGCUGACUAUCACUGAUUUCAUCAAUAUCCUGCACCGCUACUAUAAGUCAGCCUUGGUACAGAUCUAUGAGCUAGAAGAACACAAGAUAGAAACUUGGAGAGAGGUGUACCUUCAGGACUCCUUUAAGCCACUUGUCUGCAUUUCUCCUAAUGCCAGCUUGUUUGAUGCUGUGUCUUCAUUAAUUCGAAACAAGAUCCAUAGGCUGCCAGUUAUUGACCCAGAAUCAGGCAACACCUUGUACAUCCUUACUCAUAAACGCAUCCUCAAGUUCCUCAAAUUGUUUAUCACUGAGUUCCCCAAGCCAGAGUUCAUGUCUAAGUCCCUGGAAGAGCUACAGAUUGGCACCUAUGCCAAUAUUGCUAUGGUCCGUACUACCACCCCUGUCUAUGUGGCUCUAGGCAUCUUUGUACAACACCGUGUCUCAGCCUUGCCAGUGGUGGAUGAGAAAGGACGUGUGGUGGACAUCUACUCCAAGUUUGAUGUUAUCAAUCUGGCGGCAGAAAAAACUUACAAUAACCUAGAUGUGUCUGUCACCAAAGCCCUGCAACAUCGAUCCCACUACUUUGAGGGUGUUCUCAAGUGCUACUUGCAUGAGACUCUGGAGACCAUCAUCAACCGGCUCGUGGAAGCUGAGGUUCACCGUCUGGUAGUGGUGGAUGAGAAUGAUGUGGUCAAGGGAAUAGUGUCACUGUCAGACAUCCUGCAGGCCCUGGUGCUCACAGGUGGAGAGAAGAAACCCUGAGCUGGGGAAGGGGUUGGGCAGUCUCAGGGAGAUGCCCCCCUAUUCCCGUUGCCUGCUUGAAGCUCUGGGAAGCAGAUGAAACCUUGGGAGAAUGGACUGUGUUUUCUGCUCAGGAGACCCUACCUGCUAUCUGAGAUCUAGGAGGCAUCGGGGGAAGGAGGAGAAAGGCUUCUUAGCUGCCUUUACCCUCACACAUUCAUACUUGGCAUAAACUUUCAGCCUCCCCAGUCCUUGCCCCUGUCCCCUUAGACGCAGACCCCUUUGAGGGUGAACCAUGGACUCUGUGCCCUUCAGGCAGAUUCUGAUCUCUAAGAGAUCCCUGGGCCUCACCCUGCCUUCGCCUCUGUCUCUGCCCUGACUCUACCUUAAGAUAACAGCACAGCAAAAGCCUUCAUCAGGAUGUUUUCAUUCAUCCUGUUUCAUGAUAUAUGGAGGAGGCUGGGUCCAUUUCGUGGCAUUGCUUCCCAUGAUUUGAGUGGGGAGGAUGAUGGGGAGGGAGGCCUUUGGGUUCUGUGCUGUAUGAAUAUGCAGGGAAGUAGUUAGGUGGCGGAGGAGGCAGAGUGGUUAGCCGAAGUUAUUGCUUUUCAUGACAGAUCUAAUUAAAUGACAAGAUUCUCA